AUGAAUUCACCCCAAAACACCAGCAAUUACCACUCACUUCUAGCGAAUGUUUCUUCGCUCUCGGAACAAGCUCACCAAGCUCUGCAAUUGCAACAUCAUCAAUUUCAAUCCGAGAUAUCUUCAUGGCUUUCCGAAGAGCAAUCUACAAGCAAUGCUCUGCAAGCCUUGAAAAUUAAAAAGCAAAGGCUCAUGCGAAAGAUAUCUAAAUUGAAACAAGAGGUGAUACGGCUACACAAUUCAGUAAAUCAUGCCCACAACAAUGAAGGAAAUGAACAACACUCAUCAACCAGGAAUUCCGAUCCACCCAUGAAUAACAACGACGAAAGAACCAACAUAUUCGCUCCAUCAACCAAAAAUCCGAGUAGCAAUAAUAACAAUAAUACUCAUCAACAAGUUGCACUUGCCACUCCUCUUUCUCUGAUACUGGAAGAUGAGGAUGAAACAGCAGAAAAUGAUGAAAUUGCAAUUAGUCAUCACAACAACAAAAAGGUAAUGACUAUCACUCAACAACAAAACAGAGGCAUGAAUAAUAAUAUUAUUCAUCAUCAUCCAACUGCUUCAUCACGUACAUUGAGCGUCAAUUUUGACUCUCCUUCAUUCACUGCAACAAUGACCAGCAGUUUGAGAAGUAAAUCUGCAUAUGGAUUCAAAGAGUGA